AUGGAUCCGCCGGAUGACUCAAGUAGAGAUCCGCCCCUGGGCUCCACAAACUCCUCAGCACCAAAUCUAGACUCGGACAUAAACGCAAAUGCCUACAGGCCUGUCUAUGAGAACGGGACGGACCACAAUGUCAACAUCCAGAGCGCAGCCCUGCGGGGAGCCAGCGACCCCAGCGCGUACCCCUCCACGGACUACCGGGGCCUCAUCCGCGAGAGGUUCAUCCGCAGGAGUCUGUGGGUGUCGGACUCCGAGGAGCAGCAUCCCGUGGUGGACACGCCGGAGUGUGUCAACAGCAGCCCGGUGCUCAGCAUCGACCUGCGGACCAUCGUGGAUCGGAGUAGGACCCGGGUCCUCCAAGGGACCCACCUCGGGCUCGGGGAGACGUCCAGCACGGAGAGCCAGGCGGGGCUGAAGGAGAGCACCACGGAGAGCGUGAGCGCGGACGAGGGGAAGGGGGAGGGCAGCGAACCCGAGCCCAAGGCCGAGGUGGUCGUGGUCGUGCCCCCCGACGUCACAGGUAAAGCGGGAAGUGAUGAGAACGAAGAGGAGCCAGGGAUGAAGGCCUUGUCCACCUCACCUGGGGGCCGCUUCCUCAAGUUUGACAUUGAGCUGGGCAGAGGGUCCUUCAAGACCGUCUACAAGGGUCUGGACACCGACACCUGGGUGGAGGUGGCAUGGUGUGAACUCCAGGAAAGGAAACUGUCUAAAGUUGAACGCCAGCGGUUCAAGGAGGAGGCUGAGAUGUUAAAGGCUCUGCAGCAUCCCAACAUUGUGCGGUUUUAUGACUUCUGGGAAUCACCGGUGAAAGGGAAGAAGUGUAUCGUUCUGGUGACAGAGCUGAUGACCUCAGGCACACUAAAAACGUACCUGAAGCGCUUCAAGGUGAUGAAACCUAAAGUUCUUAGGAGCUGGUGCAGACAGAUUCUCAAAGGCCUCCACUUCCUCCACACAAGGACUCCUCCAAUCAUCCAUCGAGACCUCAAGUGCGACAACAUCUUCAUCACUGGCCCCACAGGCUCUGUCAAAAUAGGAGACCUCGGCCUGGCAACACUAAAGAGGGCCUCCUUCGCUAAAAGUGUCAUUGGCACUCCUGAGUUCAUGGCCCCGGAGAUGUAUGAGGAGCACUAUGACGAGGCUGUGGAUGUCUAUGCCUUUGGGAUGUGCAUGCUGGAGAUGGCCACCUCCGAAUACCCGUACUCCGAGUGUCAGAAUGCUGCACAGAUCUACCGCAAAGUCACCAGUGGGGUGAAACCUGCUAGCUACGGUAAAGUCAGCGACCCCGAAAUUAAGGAAAUUAUCGGGGAGUGUAUCCGUCACAGAUGGGAAGAAAGGUACUCCAUCAAGGACCUCCUGAAUCAUGCCUUCUUUGCAGAGGAUACAGGUGUGAGGGUGGAGCUCAAUGAGGAAGACGAUGGGACGAAAUCAUCUAUUGGUCUGAAGCUGUGGGUGGAGGAUCCUAAAAAGCUGAAGGGAAAGUACAAGGACACUGGUGCUAUUGAGUUCACCUUUGACUUGGUGAACGAGGUCCCAGAGGUCGUCGCCCAAGAAAUGAGUUCAGAGCUGGUAGAGCUACAGCGCGGUCAGCAACGUGAUGACAUCAGAGAGUACAAGGUGCGAGAGGCUCGUCUGCUGCAGGACUACAGCGAGCUGGAAGAGGAGAACAUCUCUCUUCAGAAACAAGUAUCUGUGCUUAGACAGAACCAGGUGGAAUUCGAAGGUCUGAAGCAUGAGCUCCGGCGUCUGGAGGAGGACUCCCAGUGUCUGCACAGCCAGCUGGAGGAAGCCAUGCGUCUUAGAGAAAUUGCAGAGCGGCAGCUAACAGAGGCCUUAGAGACGAUCAAAACUGAACGCGAACAGAAGGCCUCCCUGCGCAAGCAGCUCUCCCACUCGAUGACCAUCGGUGGCUCUGUGUACAACAGCUCUUUUAGUAUCUCCUACGACAACCUGAAACUCCAUGACGAUCCCUCCACCAUCAGCGAGCCCGACAACGAUGAUCUAAUCAGAGGCUUUGAGAAUGGCUUAAUGAAGGCCGCUGAGGGCGACGAUGACAACAGAGCCGCUGUCAACAGGAGAGGAGAGCCCUUCAAGCCGGCUCCUAGCCUGGUGGACGACCUGCUCAGUGAGCUCAACAUCUCCGAGAUCCAGAAACUGAAACAGCAGCUCAGUCAGGUGGAGCGGGAGAAAAUGGCCUUGAUAAAUUCUCUGCAGGAGAACCAGAAGCAGCUGGAACGGGCCUAUGGGACUGUGUCCGAGCAAAAGGAAACUAUCAAAAAAAUGACGGAGAACCUCACCGCCAUGAGGAAGCUUCAGGCCAGUAAGGAGCGCCAGUCUGCCCUCGACAGUGAAAAAGACCGGGACAGCCACGACGACGGAGAUUACUACGAGCUGGACAUCAACGGGCCUGAGAUCCUGCAGUGCAAAUACACUGUGGCUGUGUCUGAAGCUGGGGAGCUGAGGCAGGAACUGAAAACGCUCAGAGCAAAAUACGAGGAGUGUCGUACUCAGUAUGAAGACGAGCGAACGCAGUUGGAAAGUGACGUCCAUGACUUGAGGUCAAGUUUAGCGUCCCUUGAGAAGAUCAGUCAAGUAGAUAAAGCAGAGGUGACUCGUCUGGAGAAGGAGCUUAAUUUGGUCAGCAAGGCUGCUGGAGAGUCCCAAGGUGGCCUUAAUGUGGCCCAGGAUGAGCUAAUAGCCUUUAGUGAGGAGCUUGCCAAUCUCUACAACCACGUGUGUAUGUGCAACAAUGAGACCCCUAACCGUGUCAUGCUCGACUACUACAAGGAAGGCAAGGUCAUGGUGAGACGAGGGAACGAAGGGAAAGAGCACCAGUCUUUCGUACUCAUCAGCAAGGGGCUGAUCACCGAGACUGAGUUUGGAAAGACCGACUCCAGCAGCACCGCAGCUACUACAUCUCCGGCCCCAGAGAAUCGCCCGGAACCCAUGAACAUCUACAACCUUGUAGCCAUCAUCAGCGACCAGAUCCUCCACUUGCAGCAGGCAGUGGACCGCACCACUGAGCUGUCGCGCCAGAGACUCGCCAAUCUGGAGUUGAGCACGGUGGGGGACAAAGACAAAGAGGCUUGCAUGGGAGAGAUCCUCAAGCUGAAGUCCCUGCUCAGCACCAAAAGGGAACAGAUAGCCACGCUCAGAGCCGUGCUGAAGGCCAACAAACAUACGGCCGAGGGUGCUCUGGCCAAUCUGAAGAGUAAGUACGACAGUGAGAAGAUCAUGGUGACUGACACGAUGAUGAAGCUGCGCAAUGAAUUCAAGGCUCUGAAAGAGGAUGCUGCUACAUUCUCCUCUCUUAGAGCCAUGUUUGCUACAAGGUGCGACGAGUAUUUGAUCCAGCUGGAUGACAUGCAACGGCAGCUGGUUGCUGCGGAGGAUGAGAAGAAGACCCUGAAUUCUCUGUUUAGAAUUGCCAUCCAGCAGAAACUGGCCUUAACUCAGCGCCUGGAGGACCUGGAGUUUGACCACGAGCAGGCACGCCGUAAGAGUGCCACAGCUGUGGGAAGCAAGAGCAAGUUGAAGCUCAAGGGAGCGUCUUCCAGCCUACAUUAAUUCUAUCAAGCCAAGUGACCAUAAGGAUGUCCGUCUGUGAGAGUCCGUGCUGCGGUGUUCUUCACUCUCUAGUCAUGGUCCGAAUCAUGUCAGUGCUAAAAAUGCAACCUAUCCAACAGUAUUUGCCAAGUUCUUUGUUUUUGAGUGCCAAAACAAAACAUUGUCCAACAUUGUGACUGCUCACAGUGUGACACAUCGCGUCCGCCGCCCACUGCAGUUACUGUCUUCAAACAAUAUGCACCACUAUAAUGACUGAACCUGAGGAAUAAUCCACAUGGGUGUUUAGCUGAUUACCUUUUACCUGUGUUUCCCUGACUGAGCACUUUUUGUUUGACUUGCUCUUACGCGAUUCCUCUUUCUUUCUAAAGUCCUACUAAUUGUUUUUAAAGUAUUAUACAAUGUUUCACUGUAUGUGCACGUUUUUUAUCUGCCUGGUUCCUGAUAACAUUUCAGGUGAAUCAGAAUAGUUUUUUAUCCAUAUUAGUUUCAUAAAUAUAAAACCAGUGAAUAUGUGGUACUUUUCUUUUUUUAAUCAGUCUUUUUUUUUUUUACAGAGUAUUUGAAGACAAAUGAGUUUUUCUGCCUUAGUUUUUUUCCUUUUGGCCUUAGAAUCCUGGGUGCCUUUCUGGCAACCCAAAGAAAUUGGGAAGAUGUGUAAUAACCAUACAUUGUUUUCUAUAUGAUCCUGCAGAUGUGGAGCUUCAAAUUCAGGGUCUGAACUUAAUUUUGUAUAACUGGUUCGCCUCGGUUAACAUGGAAGAGCUGUUACUUUUUUCAAGAAUGCUUGUUAGGACUGAGGAAGAGUAUUAAUGCAAAGCUUAUUUAAAGAUUUCUAAGUUAAGGUCAGAUGUUAAUAGUAUUCAUAAACUUAUCAUGAAGGAGAGUCUUUAAUGUUAUUGUUUUAAUACAAUUAUUGUAAACCAUUUAAAAAGAAUCCAUUGUCUCCAAACAAAUACGCCUGCGGUGCCAUAUUGUACAAGUGCAAUUUGCAUUGGAAACAAUAUAUAUAUAUAUAUUUUACACGUUGUUGCUCACAAAUUUCGUCCUAAUUGAUUUUUAUGUUUUAAUAUAACUGCAAUUGUAUUUAUUUGACUCUACACAGACUACAGGUUGUCAUCAUCCUUUUUGUUUCAUAAGGGAGUUUGAGUGGACGUUGCUGGUCAGAGUUUCAAGACUAAAACUGUGGAUAAACACUCACAAAGUGCAUGACUGCUGUCGACUUCCUCUGCCUCCAGUUUCAACUGGUGAAGAAAUAAAUCUGACCUUCAAAACUC